GUUUGACCACCGAUUAGUACACAAAAACAAAGUCAGAACCGAAGAUAAAUCCGUGGAAACAUGGAGUCGCCACCGAUGUUUAACAGCGUCGAGGACGAGUGCAGAUAUUGGAAGGAACGCUCCAAGCAGUACCACAAAGAGUGGACAGACGUGAAACAGGAAUACGACGAAUUUGUGGAGCAGUCCCGUGAAAUGGAAAUCGAAAUGGACGCCACUCUGGACCAAAAGCAGAGUAUAAUCAAAGAUCUCACAGCCAAGCUCACAAUGUUUGAGCGGGAAAACGAGUCUCUCAAGCUCAAGUUGGACUCGCAUGGCAUUGAAAUGUCAAACAUGGAGAAGCAGCUGGAAACAGUGAAAAAGGAGCGGGACACCAUGAAGGUGUAUCUGCGGCAGUUGGAGCAGAAGAACGACGAUCUGGAGCGUGCCCACCGCAUACUUAACGAAAGCAUAGAGAACUUCGAGAAGAUGCUGGAUCAGGCGUACGAGAAGAACGCACUUCUAGAGCUGGAAGUGGAUGAGAAGGGUUUGCUGCAGGAGAAGCUACAACGGCUGAUGGACGAGACGAGAGAUCUCAAGCAGGAGCUUAAUGUCAAGUCACGCUUUACCCCAGUGGUCAAUGGAACGAGCAUUGCCAAGGCCAGCGACACUAACACGGUGAACAGCUCCAUGAACUCGUCCGCCUCGCUGCCGAACGGCAUUGUGGCCAACGGUGAUCUGGCGAGCCACGACAAUACCGCCGUCGCCACAAGAGCCACCAGCGUCAGCGUGAACGCCCUCAAUGGCAGUUUAGUUAAUAGAAACGAAUAUAGCCAGCAGCAUUCGCUUAAAAGCCAUGGAGACGAAACUGAAGACGUACCGCGAGAAUGGCCAGCCCAUGCCGCAGCGGCUCCGCUCCGCCCAACAGUCCAACCACCCGGCGCUGGCCGGACUGGCUUGCCUCUCGCUGGAUGCCGAGUAAUGGUGGUCACCGCCUCCUCCUCCUCCUCCUCCUCCUCCGCCUUCUCAUCCUUAUCAUCUAGCAUAUCCCCAAUUAUCAAGGGCGGGACACUGUUCAGUCGGCUUUACGUUUACGUUACCUUACGUUGCGUUACGUUACGUUAAUGUUACUGUUAGCAUUAAUUUAGCUUCUGCUGCCUCUUUAUUUAUUUGACCUUACUUGACUUGUAUAAAUCAUUUGCGAUAUUAUAAAUUACACAACAGUUGAUGUUGUCGUUCUCGAGCCCAACAUAUAACAUGCCUUAGUACGAAUUAAGAGUAUAUCUAGCACUAAGUCCCACUCGGUUCACUUUGACUUCAAUUGUUUUGGCAUACAAUGUGUUUAGCGAGUAAGUUUAGAGAUGAUACCACAGCAAAAAACAAAAGCGAAGAAGCUCUGUCCAAGUAUUAUACUUCAAGCGGACAACAAAUACUCGUAGCGUUUAGGAAAAAAGACAAGAUCUAACCCGAAAACACAACCGAUCACCUAGUUAUACUGUAACUAUACCAAGAGCUAUUUUCUGUUUAUAUUUACGAGCGAAUAUAAAUUUGUAAAAAUGCAAAAUUGUUAACAGCAAACUGUAUAAAGCAUAACACAAAAUCCAACGAACAGGCAAAACAAAUAUAUAUAUAUGAAUAAAGAGCAACAUAAUUAGUUUAAUAGUAA